AUGACUCAAAGGGAAGACGUUCUCAAGUUCGAGCAGGGCCGCAUUAAGGCCCUGCAAGAAGAACGUCUUCACAUCCAGAAGAAGACGUUCACGAAAUGGAUCAAUUCGUUUCUGCUGAAGGCGCGUAUGGAGGUGGACGAUCUAUUCACCGAUCUGGCAGAUGGCAAGAAACUACUCAAACUAUUGGAGAUCAUCUCCGGCGAGCGAUUGGCCAAGCCCAACAACGGGCGCAUGCGAGUUCACAAAAUCGAGAACGUGAACAAGUCCCUGGCGUUCCUCCAUACCAAGGUUCGCCUUGAGAGUAUUGGUGCAGAAGAUAUCGUGGAUGGUAAUCCUAGAUUGAUUCUCGGUCUUAUCUGGACCAUAAUUUUGAGGUUCCAAAUCCAAGAGAUCGAAAUCGAUGUAGAUGAAGAAAACGAAACCAGUGAGAAGAAAUCUGCCAAAGAUGCUCUGCUACUCUGGUGCCAGAGAAAGACAAAUGGCUAUCCCGGCGUUAACAUCCAGGAUUUUACCGGCUCGUGGAGGAAUGGACUCGGUUUCAACGCUCUCAUACACGCUCACAGACCGGACUUGGUCAAUUGGUCGGAAUUACAACAAAAUAAGAACAUCGAUAAUCUCAAUUAUGCCUUUGACGUUGCUAAUUCGGAACUCGGCAUUCCACGGCUAUUGGAUGCAGAGGAUGUGGAUACAGCCAGGCCAGACGAGAAAUCCAUUAUCACCUAUGUUGCGUCUUAUUAUCACACAUUCGCCAGGAUGAAGAACGAAAUAAAAAGCGGCAAAAGAAUAGCAAAUAUUGUUGGCCAAAUGAUGGACGCCGACAAGAUGAAAAUUCAUUAUGAAAAGUUAACAACUGAUCUAUUGGAAUGGAUCAAGAUGAAAAUCGAGGUUUUGGAGAAUCGCAGCUUUCCAAACUCACUUGAAGGUAUUCAACGGGAACUAUUAGCCUUCAAGCAAUACCGAACAGUGGAGAAACCGCCGAAGUACAAGGAACGGUCUGAGAUAGAAGCAUUAUAUUUUCAUAUAAACACCCGAUUAAAGUCUCUGAAUCAGCCAGCAUUCACCCCACAGGAGGGUCAGCUGAUCCACGAUAUCGAGAGAAAUUGGGUAGAGCUGGAGAGAGCGGAGCAUCGUCGUGAAGUCGCCCUGAGGACUGAGUUGUUGCGACAAGAGAGACUCGAGCAAUUAAAUUACAAGUUUGAAAGAAAAAGUGUACUCAGAGAAGGUUAUUUGAAAGAAAUGAUUCAAGUUCUGACGGAUCCUCGAUAUGGCAGCAAUCUAGCACAAGUAGAUGCCACAGUGAAAAAGCACGAGGCCAUCAGCGCUGACAUUUUGGCACGCGAGGAGCGCUUCCACGACUUAACAAAUAUGUCCGAAGAAUUGGUGCGGGAAAAUUAUCACGGUUUAGAGAGAGUACGCAGCAGAGAGCAAGAGGUGUUGCAGAGAUGGAAAGAAUUGCUGGCUCUGCUAGACAAUCAUAAAUCCAAUCUGGUCGCGCUCAGCUCGCUAAUGACCUUAAUGAGAGAAAUUGAUACAACGUUAGCUUCCAUCCAGGAGCUCCAGUUGAAUUUCCAGAGCACUGACGUGGGUCCGCACUUACUCGGAGUUGAGGAUCUGCUGCAAAAACACAGCUUACAGGAACUGCAGGUGACAGCUCUAGGUGAGAGCCAAAGACGACUCGGUAGACAAGCCGCUCAACACUUGGCACAGCCACAGAACAAGGAGGCACCAUUGUUGCAACAGAAGCUGGAAUUACUAAAUCGCGCCUAUGACGAACUUGUGGAAAAUAGCAAGGAGCGUAAAGCUCGUCUAGAAGAUGCCAGGAAUUUCUUCCACUUUCUUCAGGAUCACGAGGACGAAGAGUCGUGGCUGGUAGAAAAACAGCGAAUAUGUAAGGCUGGCAUUUCCGCGAAGGACUUACGAGCCGUAAUAUCGCUGCAGCAGAAACAUAAAGCCUUGCAGGAUGAAACGAAAGUGCGCAGGCCUAAAUCCGAGCAACUUUGCGAUGCUGGUAGAAAACUGAUAGCCGACAAUCAUCCAUCGGCAUUGGAGAUACAGAAUCGAAUAGAUUCGUUGCAGGAACACUGGAGGGUCUUGGAGGAACUAGCGGCAUUGCGAAAGAAACAGCUGGACGACGCGGCCGAAGCGUUCCAAUUUUACGCCGAUGCAAAUGAGGCGGAUUCUUGGAUGAAUGAAAAAAUGGCUCUAGUAGCCUCGGAAGAUUAUGGAGUGGACGAACCAAGUGCUCAAGCCUUAUUGCAAAGGCAUAAAGAUUUGGAAGGUGAGCUAAACGCCUACAAAGGUGAUGUACAAUCUUUGAACACACAAGCGGAGAAACUCAUUAAAUCUGGCAUUUCCACCCUGGAGUUAUCUGCCGAUCCAGAACCAGUUGCCGAACUUGAACAGGAAGAAUGGAGUAAGGAGAUCAGAUUGAUGCCACAAGACGAAUGGGUGGACGAAGUAAUCGAACGACUCGAGCCGCGAACUAUUAAUGAGGAUAGAUUGGUACCACAAGUGAAGAGUUUAUAUCCAUUUAACGGUCAAGGCAUGCAUAUGGUGAAGGGUGAAGUCAUGUUCCUGUUGAACAAGACAAAUCCCGACUGGUGGAGCGUUAGGAAAGUUGACGGUACGGAUGGAUUUGUGCCGGCUAAUUACGUACGUGAGAUCGAGCCAAAAGUCGUGCAAGUACAAGUACGUAGACCUGAAAAGAUCAAAGUGACACAGCGCGUGAAGAAGACGAAAAUGGUGAAACAGGUGGUACCUGUUCGGCGAUUAAAAUCCAUUAAGUCCACCGUGAAGCCGAUUAAGCGAAAAGCGGUAAGCGACGGUGACAGUGUGGAAAAGCGACAGAAAAAAAUCAAUGAGACUUACAGCGAGUUACAGGAUCUCGCUGUAAAACGUCACGCGUUGCUGGAGGACGCUAUCAGGCUUUAUGGAUUUUACCGGGAAUGCGACGACUUUGAAAAGUGGAUUAAAGACAAGGAGAAGAUGUUAAGAGUCGAUGAUCCUCGCGACAAUGUCGAGUCGGCAAGGAGAAAGUAUGAGAAAUUUUUAACGGAUCUGUCGGCUUCCGGGAAACGAGUGGAGGCAAUAGACACAGCGGUAGAUGAAUUUGUUCGCCAAGGCCACAGUCAGCUAGAUAAAGUCAAGGCCAGGCAGAGGCACAUUCAUCAGCUAUGGGAUCAUCUAAACUGGCUGAAAACACAGAAAGAAAAGAGCUUGGAGGGCGCGUCCAGCGUUGAGUUAUUCAACAGAACCUGUGACGAAGCUCACGAUUGGAUGCUGGAGAAAAUCACCCAGCUAGAUACGGCCGAGUUGGGACCCGACUUGAAGACUGUGCAGGCUCUGCAAAGGAGACAUCAGCAUUUGGAACGAGAAUUGGCUCCAGUUGAAGAAAAAGUACGGAAAGUAAAUUUAUUAGGCAACAGCGUCAAAAGUUCAUAUCCACACGAAUGUAAUAAUGUCAAUGUGAGACAAAACGAGAUUAAAGAUUUGUGGAACAAAGUCCAAACAAAGGCCAAGGAACGACGAUCUCGUUUAGAAGACGCGGUCGGUCAACAGAUAUUCAUAAACAGUUCAAAGAAUUUAAUCAACUGGGCUACAGAUACGCAAGAAAUAAUGAAGGCCGAAGAACCAGUAAGAGAUGUUGCUACUGCCGAGCAGCUUAAGAAACAACACAUGGAACUUGGAGAAGACAUACGAACCAAAGAAGACGAAUUCCGCGAGGUUGAAGAUCUCGGUAGAGAGCUAUUACGUCGUAACCCGACAUUGACGGAUGUACGCGAACGUCUAGAAAAGCUAAAUGGAUUAUAUCCAACGGUAACAACCAAUUGGAUAGCAAAAGAAGAAUGGCUACGACAGUGUCUAGAAUUACAACAAUUUAAUCGAGAAGCCGAUCAGAUCGAAGCUACUACCAGUUCUCACGAAGCUUUCCUUGAAUUCACGGACUUGGGCGAAUCUUUGGAUGAUGUCGAGGCUCUAUUGAAACAACAUGAAAAAUUCGAGAACACCCUUCACGCGCAAGAUGACAGGUUAAAGGCAUUUAGUGACACCGCAGACAAAUUAAUCGCCCAAAAUCAUUAUGACAAAGAUCACAUUAACGAAAGAAGAAAUCAAGUACUAGCUCGUCGUAUGGCAGUGAAGGACGCUGCUCAACGUCGAAGAGCAGCCUUAAAAGCAUCGGAGCAUUAUCAACAAUUCUCAGCCGAAGUGGAUGACUUGCGCGAUUGGUUGGGUGACAAAAUGAAGACCGCGGCCGAUGAAAGCUAUCGCGAUUUAAAUAAUCUUGAGCGUAAACUACAAAAGCACGAAGCUUUCGAACGAGAAUUACGCGCCAACGAGGGACAGUUAAGAGCAGUUAACAAAGCGGGCAAGGCGCUCAUAUCAGAAGAAAAUUACCGAUCAGACGAUGUAGGAAAAAUUUUGAAAGACUUAAAUGAUCAAUGGGACCAACUAGUAGCGCUGUCGUUGGAAAAAGGUCGUAGAUUGCGACAAGCGGCCUCACAACACGGAUAUAAUCGCACUAUGGAAGAUGCUAGAUUGAAACUAGAGGAGAUAGAGACUUGUUUGCAAAGUAAGCAAGUGGGUAUGGAUCUCCGCAGUUGCAAGGAAUUAUUAAAGAAACAUCAAACUCUCGAAAGCGAUAUGUGUCAAUGGGAGCAGAAGGUAGACGAUCUGGUGGCCAUGGGUCAGGAAAUGGCACACGAAGGUCAUUUUGAUGCGGCAAAUAUUCUGAAGACCAGUCAAGCGACCCAGAGAAAAUUCCGUAGCCUGAAAGAACCAGCUAAACGACGUCGAGAAGCAUUGGAGGAGAGUUUACGCUUCCAUAAAUUUGGCUUUGAAUUGGACGCAGAAUUGCAGUGGAUCAAGGACCAUUUGCCUCAAGCAUCCUCGACGACGCUCGGACAGAACCUGCAUCAAGCCCAGACUUUGCACAAGAAACAUAAGAAGCUAGAGGCGGAAAUUGCUGGUCAUCAGCCUAUGAUAGAUAAGACUUUAGCUUCUGGACAGACACUCAUCGAUCAAGCUCAUCCGGAGAAGAAAAAGAUUCAAGAACUGUGCGAUGUUCUGGAUGAUGCAUGGAGAGACUUACAAGACAAAGCAGGAGAGCGCAGCAGAGCAUUGGACUUGUCCUUAAGAGCACAAGAAUUCUUUUUUGAAGCUGGCGAAGUCGAAAGCUGGCUUAAUGAGAAAAACGAUGUGCUGAGUUCUACCGAUUAUGGCAGGGAUCGCGAUGCUGCCACGAAAUUAUUGACAAAACAUAAGGCUGUUGAGUUGGAAUUAGACACAUACAAUGGCAUCGUGACAGAAAUGGGACACACUGCAUCUACAAUGAUCAAUUCAAAGCAUCCCGAUAGUAAAGCGAUAGCCAACAAGCAACAAGCGAUUGUUCAACAAAUGCGUGCUUUACAGCGAUUGGCUACCGUAAGACAGCAACGUUUAAUGGAGAGCAUGUAUCGCCAUGAAUAUUUCCUAGAGAGCAGAGAAUUGGAGCAAUGGAUUAAAGAACAAGAACAAGCAGCUGCAUCGGAGGACUACGGACAAGAUUAUGAACAUCUGCUGCUAUUGCAAGCGAAAUUCAAUGAUUUCAAGCAUCGAAUAGAGGCUGGCUCUGAGAGAUUUAAUCAGUGUGAAGAAUUAGCCAGAAAACUAAUCGCGAAUGAAAGUCCUUAUAUCCAGGAUAUCGAAAAACGCCAGGAACAAUUAGGAGAAUCAUGGCAACAUCUAUUGGGCCUCAUCCGAAAUCGUGAGCAACGAUUGCAAGCGGCAGGCGAAAUUCAUCGAUUCCAUCGCGAUGUGGCGGAAGCGCUAUCACGAAUACAAGAGAAAGAGGCUGCUUUGCCAGAAGAUCUUGGUCGCGAUUUAAAUUCCGUUUUAGCUUUAAUUAGACGACAUGAAGGAUUCGAGAAUGAUUUGGUCGCCUUGGAGGCUCAGCUGCAGGUGUUAGUAGAGGAUGCGUCUAGAUUACAAGUACAUUAUCCGGGCAACAACGCAGUGCACAUUGAUCAGCAGCAACAAAUCGUUGUUGCUCAUUGGGAAGAAUUGAAAGAAAGAUCCGCUCAUCGAAGGGAUCAAUUGCAGGCUAGCUGCGACUUGCAACGAUUCCUCACUCAAGUAAGAGACUUGAUGAACUGGGCAGCUGGAUUGCGUGCUACAAUGUCGACAGAGGAAAAGGUUCGAGACGCGGCCAGCGCGCAAAUCUUGAAAGCAGAGCACGAGGCUUUGAAAGGAGAAAUUGAAGCACGAGAGGACAGCUUCAGCUCGGUGCUCGAUUUAGGCGAAGCUAUGGUGCAAACUGGUCACUACGCCGCUAUGGAGGUCGAGGAAAAAUGUAAUCAACUGUUGGAUGAACGACAGAGAUUACACACCGCUUGGCAGCAAAAGAAAGUGCAUUUAGAUCAAUUGAUUGAUUUGCAUUUCUUCCUCCGAGACGCCAAACAGCUUGACACCUUGUCUAGCACUCAGGAAGCUGCACUAAGCGGCGACAACUUCGGAGUCUCAGUCGAAGAAGUUGAUGCGCAAAUGAAAAAACAUAACGAAUUUGAAAAGCUGUUGGUCACCCAUGAAGAGAAGCUGACUGCGCUGCAAGAGCAUGGAAACAAACUUCUGGAGCAGAGUCAUUUUGAUUCACCGACGAUCGCUCAACGACUAAAUGAGGUCGUUCAAAGACGCGCAAGAAUUCGUGAUCUGUGCGAUGCGCGAAGGAAAAGGUUGGAAGCCAGCCUGCUGCAUGUACAGUUUGUCAGAGAUGUUGGUGAAGCCGAAUCUUGGAUAGGCGAAAAGCAGAAGAAGUUGGAGGCAGAAGCGUCUAAAGGUGAAGUGUCCAGUUUGGAGGACAAAAUCAAAAAGUUACAGAAACAUCAGGCAUUCCAAGCAGAGCUGGCAGCAAAUCAAAGUAGAAUCGAAGAAAUUAGAGCAAAAGGAGAGACUUUGUUAACACGAAAACAUCCAGCGAGCGCGGAAAUUCGUCAGCAAUUAGAUCAUUUACAUACAUCCUGGCGAAAAUUGUUAUUGGAAUCUGGAAAUCGAGGCAGAGGUUUAGAAGAGGCUCAAGAUAUUUUGGAAUUCAACAAUCAGGUGGAGAAGAUCGAGGCUUGGAUCAGAGAUAAAGAAAUGAUGGUUCAGGCUGGUGAUACCGGGAAGGAUUAUGAGCACUGCUUAAGCCUCCAGAGGAAACUCGAUGAUGUAGACAGUGAUAUGCGAGUGGAUGAUUCUAGAAUAAAAUCGAUCAAUGCUUUGGCGGAUAAACUUAUAAAACAGGGUCGUGAUAAUGAAUCAAAAGCAAUUCAACAACGGCGGGAUAACUUUAAUAAUAAGUGGAAAGGUUUACAAGGUGCACUAAGCACGUAUCGUGAAAUGUUAGCUGGUGCAUUAGAAAUUCAUUUAUUUAAUCGAGAUAUUGACGACACAAACCAAAGAGUUAUUGAGAAAUCAGUGGCCAUGAAUACGAGUGAUACAGGAAAAGAUUUACCUGCUGUUGAACAGUUGCAAAGAAAACAAGAGGCUAUGGAGCGAGACAUGACAGCAAUAGAAGGCAAACUGAAGGAACAUAAGACAGAGGCGCGAAACUUGUCGCAUAAAUACCCAGACAAGGCAUCCGAAAUAAACGGGAUAUUAUCGGAACUUCAAUCUAACUGGGAUGAUCUGCAACGUGUGACUCGACAACGACGGGACGCUUUGAAUCAAGCCUAUACAUUACACAAAUUCCAAGCUGAUUUGCAUGAAUUGGAUAUUUGGGUGGCAGAUACUAUCAAACGCAUGGAUGAAUCUGAACCACCGACCACCAUAUCCGAAGCCCAAGCUGUACUAGAACUACAUCAAGAAAGGAAGGCAGAGAUUGAUGGUAGACAAGAUAUAUUUAAAGGCUUAAAGGAUCACGGCCAUAAACUCCUCUCAAUCAAUCAUGAUGUCAAGGAUAAUCUUGAACAUUUGGAAGAACUCAGGCAAACCUUGGGAAAUGCUUGGGACAAUCGCAGACAAAAAUUAACGCAAGCGCAUCAACUGCAAUUAUUCAAAGAACAAGCCGAUCAAGCUGACAGUUGGCUGGCGACAAAAGAGGCAUUUCUCAACAACGACGAUCUUGGUGAAUCAUUAUCGGGCGUCGAGACGCUAUUACGGAAACACGAAGAAUUCGAAAAGAUGUUAGCAUCUCAAUUAGGACGUAUUGAAGAGCUCGAGAAAUUCGCAAAUGAAAUCCUAUCGCGUGAACACGCAGAUGCAGGUAUAAUAAAGCAGCGACUCGCUUCGGUUUGUACUAGAAGGGACAAAUUGAAAAACAGUGCAACAGCUAGAAGAAAGAAACUUUUGGAGAGUCAUCACUUGCACCAGUUUCUCAGGAACAUAUAUGAGGUGGACGGUUGGCUGCAUCAGAAGCAACAGGUGGCGGGCGACGAAAAUUAUAGAGAUUCUUCGAAUUUGCAGAGCAAGAUACAGAAACACGCUGCAUUCGAGAGCGAGUUGAUGGCAAAUAAAGGGAGAGUUGCAGCAGUCGUCAAUGAAGGCGAAGCGCUUAUCGAAGAAAAUCACUACGCUUCGAAGGAUAUACAAGAACGUUUGGACGAAUUAGAGGCAGAAUGGCGUCUUCUACAAGAGACUAGCGAGCUAAAGAAGAACCGAUUGAAUGAUGCGUAUCAAGCUUUGCUAUUCGGCCGCAGUUUGGACGAAUUUGAGACAUGGAUGGACGAAGUGGAAACCCAAUUGCAAUCAGAGGAUCAUGGCAAAGAUUUAUCGAGCGUAGCGAACUUGCUGAAACGCCAUACUAAUUUGGAGAACGAUGUGCUCGGUCACAAUGAGGCGUGUGAAUCUAUCAAAGACACCGCCGCCAGCUUCCAGAAAUCAAAUCAUUUCUUGAGUGAUGAAAUUCAAAAAAGAGCAUUAGUUACGAUCAACAGAUAUCACAGUCUUCAGGAGCCAAUGCAGAUACGUAGAGAUAAUUUAGAAGACGCGAAAUUACUACAUCAAUUCGCGAGAGAUGUCGAAGACGAAUUGCACUGGCUAUCGGAGAAGGAACCAUUAGCUGCGAGCAACGAUCUCGGUAGCUCUUUGACGACUGUACAACGAUUACAAAAGAAACACCAUGCUUUGGAAGCGGAACUAUUAUCCAGAGAGCCUGUAGUAUCUUCAUUGGUUAGCAGAGCGACUGUAAUGAUUAGAAGUGGACACUUUGCAGCGGAUAAGAUUGAAAAGUUGACUAAAAAGUUGCAAGAGGAACUAUCGCACCUUAGAGAUUUAGCAAGUGUCAGAAAGUUGAGAUUACUCGACGCUGUAGAAUCACAAAUGUUUUAUGCCGAAGCCGCAGAAGCUGAGCAAUGGAUUAGAGAGAAACAUCCACAACUUACUUCAUCUGAUCAUGGCAAGGAUGAAGAUUCUGUGCAGUCUCUGCUGAAGAAGCUAGAAGGCAUUGAGCGUGACUUGUCCGGUUUUGAAAAUACGGUCGAUAAUCUGAAGAAACUUUCUCGUGGUCUAGUCGAACGUCAUCAUUUUGAUAGCAAGAAUAUCGCGCAAAAACAAGCGGAUAUUGAAUUUAAAUUCAAAGAAUUGCAAAAAUUGAAAGAAUAUCGACUGCAGAGAUUAUCGGAAAGCGAAAAGUUUUAUAAAUUUGUCAGACAAGCGGAUGAAGUGAUUGAAUGGAUCGGGGACCAAACAACGAUCGCCGCAUCGGAGGACUAUGGAUGUGACGUAGAACACGUGGAACUGCUGAUUCAGAUAUUCGACAAUUUCUUAGCUGGUUUAACGACUAGCGAAGGACGUGUAUCAGCUGUACUUGACGAGGGGCAAAGGUUAAUCGAGCAGGACAAUCCAGAAAAAGGCAAGAUACUUCAUAAAAUUGACGAAACAAAACAACAAUGGGAGGACUUGAAAGAAUUAGCGCACGCUCGACAAGACGCGUUGGCGGGUGCCAAACAGGUUCACAUGUUUGACAGGACAGCUGAUGAAACUAUAUCCUGGAUACAAGAGAAGGAAGCAACUCUCAGCUCGGAUGGUUACUGCCAAGAUUUGGAGACAAUUCAGGCACUGGUAAGGAAGCAUCAAGGAUUUGAGACUGAUCUGGCGGCUGUGAAGGAACAAGUGGAGAGUCUGAUGGAAGAAGCAUCAAGAUUGAUUGAGCUAUUCCCGGAUGCGCGUAUACACAUCAACGUGAAACAUCAGGAGGCGGAAGCGGCCUGGGCCGAAUUGUUGGAACAAGCGGCGCAGAGGCGAAGCAAACUAGCUCAAGCGGAACAGUUGCAGACCUAUUUAGGCGAGUAUAGGGAACUGAUAUCUUGGAUAAACGAGAUGGUGGCCAAAGUGACAGCGCCAGAAUUAGCACGGGAUGUUCCUGGUGCCGAGGCGCUACUUUCCAGGCAUAACGAGUACAAAUCAGAGAUUGACACGCGCGAGGAAACUUUUGAGAAAUUCUAUCGAAUCGGACAGAAGCUAAUCGAGCAGGGACAUUUUUUGGCAAAAGAGAUCGAAGACAAAAUAUCGGUGUUGCAACAACGUCAGCAGAUUCUGAAGGAUACAUGGCAAAAAAGAAGACGCAUUUACGAACAGAAUUUGGACACGCAGUUGUUCAAGAGAGAUGCUGAAACCUUGGAGAAUUGGAUAGUCAAUAGAGAGCCGAUGUUACAAGAUGACAAAUUGGGAGAUAGCAUUUCGCAAGUGGAGGAGUUGAUAAGAAAGCACGAGGACUUUGAGAAAACUAUACAGGCACAGGAGGAGAGAUUCAGCGCACUUAGACGGAUAACGAUGCUGGAGGAUGCCUUUCAAAAGCAGCAAGAGGCGGAAAUGGCCGCGCGCCAAGCGGAGAAAGAGCGUGUCGAACGCGCGAAGAUCGAGGAACGGAAACGUAAAGAGGUGCAAAGGAUAACCGAAGAGCGGAAACGCGAAGAGGAACGUAGGCGGUUAUUAGACAAUUCUCAUCGCGCGCAACACGACGAAAUUAACGGCUCGGUUGACGAACAUGAAUCUGCGAAUAUGUUAUCUCCAUUGAAAGGUGCUAUCGCUUCCGAAACAACAGAACUUGCGACACCUCAAAAGCCAUACGGUCUAUCGCAUAUAUUUAGCGAAAAAUUAAGACGAGCAACUUCGGAUAUUAAGAGGGCCGAAAGUAUGAAAGUAGAUACGAAAAAACCAAAACGAACUCCAAGCUUCACGACCAGACGAAGAACGCAAAGCUUCCGAAAACUGCAACGAAUGGAAAACAUGGACGCCCUGCGACCAGUCGAAAUUCAAGGUCUUCUUGAACGAAAGCAUGAGCUUCAAAGUGCUGGCAAAAAAGCAGCCGUUCGAUCAUGGAAACAGUAUUACACUGUAUUGUGCGGACAACUGCUAUGCUUCUUCAAGGAUACAGAUGAUUUUGCAUUAAGCAAAGCAGCCACUGCCCCGAUAACAAUUUUCAAUGCUAUAUGCGAGAAAGCAGAUGAUUACACGAAGAAGAAAAACGUAUUUCGACUGAAGUGCACGGACGGUUCAGAAUUCUUGUUUUUAGCACCAAGUCAGGACGAAAUGGAAGACUGGGUUAAUAAAAUCUCGUUUCAUGCAAAAUUACCGCCAAGUAUGCAGCUCUUAAGCUACGAUGAGUCUCAAAAGAUGCAGCAAGAAGGUUUGCAGAGGCUGCAAGGUUCAAAGCUCGAACACGUGGAUGACGGAAAUGCGUCGACCGGAAGUAGUCGCGCUUCCACACCGGAAAUGGAGCGCAAGAACUCUGUGAUCAGGCGCGAUCCCACUUCGCCAAAUCAACAUUCACCCAGCUCGGUACAAAUAGAGUUCCUGCAGAUGCACCGGCACAAUCAACAACGGCGUAACGACGCACAAAAUGCUGAAGCGUUCUUGGCGUCACAGAGAUCCGAGCAACCACAGACUCAGACGGAAUUUCUGCAGAUGCAUAGGCAACAACAGUUACUCGCGCAGCAGCAACAGCAUCAAUUGAUGCAGCAAGAGCAACUGGCAGCACAACGAGAUCAAUAUCAACAGAAUUCCGCAAUGCUAGGAACCGAUAAACCGCCUAUACCGCCGCGGGGCGCUCCUCCACCUAUCCCUAUACGUUCCAGUUCGGAAAAUAUGGUGCAAUACAGGCGUAAUGAUAUAGAACACCAUUUACCACAAGGAAGGCCUAAUGUCUAUCAACAACGAAGUGCAACGUUAAAUCACAAUGGUUCUGGCCAGUAUUCAUCGAAUGAGCCACCAGUAUGGCAUCGACAAAACAGUGUAGAUCUUCCUCCGCAACAUCAAGAAUUAGCACCUCCAUUGCCAUCGAGUGCUCCUCCGCCGACUAGAAUGGUUCAAUGGAAUAUACCUCAUGAUUCUGCAUAUGGGAAUGUACCAAACAUUAGACAGGGUGUACAGCAACAAAACAAUGCUUAUACUGGCAGACCGACAUCGUUGCCGCCUUAUGUCGCUCCACCAGCAGCUCCACAAACGUCUCCAAACAUCGCAGUAGUGGACAAUAGAAGAGCGUCAGAGAGUGGAUCAGAAAGUGAGCAAAGCUCGGGUGGCAAAGAUCGGAAAGAUUACAAACGAAGUUCCGUAUUGAGCAAUCUAUUCGGUAGACGCAAAAAACCCUCUCAGACGUAACACAAUCUCCAGGAGUUUUACGAAGCAUUUAUAUAUACCAUCUUUACGGUUGUUUCACGAUAUAUCUAAACGUGAUACAAAAAAAAAUCUUCCUCGUAAAACAAACGACAAAGUUCCUUGAUUAUUUCACCGGAUAUUUAAAUACGUGGCUACGUUCGUUAA